AUUGUCCUACACGACGCCCCGUACCUUGAUUUUUCUGAAGCCGAAAAAUGGGUUCUCCAGACCCGCAGCCCCGUUUUGGACAGUCCGUUAAAGGUUUAUUGUCUGAGAAAGUGGGUUCUUGCAGUGGGGACGUGAUAGCCCUCACUCGCCAAGUUCUAAAGGGGUCCCGCAGCCAAGAGCUCCUCGGCCAGGCAGCACGGAACAUGGUACUGCAAGAAGAUGCAAUACUGCAUUCUGAGGAUAGUCUGAGGAAAAUGUCAAUUUUAACCACCCACUUGCAAUAUCAGCAAGAAGCUAUACAUAAAAAUGUGGAACACUCCAGAAAUCUUCAGGGCCAACUACAUCACUUACUGAAAUAAAUGCAAAGUUGUUAUUUGUGCGAUACUGGUGGCAGCGGUGUAGCAUAGCGGUCGGGGAACUGGGUCUGUAGCUCAGAGACUGGAUUUGAUUCCCAGGUGGGGUGUUGCACUUGUACCCUUGAGAAAGGUACUUAACUCGAAUUUCUUCAGUAAAACGUAUCCAGACUUAUAAAUGGAUUGCACAUAAAAACAUCUGUGUAGGUCACUGUAAAUUUGAGUGUCUGUCGAAUGCUGAAAUGUAAUGUAAAUGUAAUGCAAUAUAAAUUUACCUUGCUGGCGACUAAUUUGUUGUUUCAACGUGUACGAUGAACUGUAGACUCCACUUGAGUUCCCAGAUCUUGGAUUAGACGUUGUUGAGGAAAUGUUGUGGUAAAACAUUGUAUUUCAUUGUUUCUUUUUUUAAUUUUUU